GAAGUUCUGUAGCUCAGAGGGUUUUCUUUUACUGUUGUCCACAGUUCUGAGUCUGUUGUAGACAAGAUGUCACAGCUUUUUUUUCACUCUCUGUCUGCAUGAGAGAUACAAGCCACACCCCCUCAUCUCAUCCAGCUGAGUACACAGCUCCUCACCUCCCCUCCCCCUGCUCUGUAUUCUAAGGACGCAGGUCUGCACAGGAGAAGGACCUCACAGAGAAGAGAAGUGUUAUCUGAAGGGGAGGAUUAGAAGACAGGUCUUGGCUGUGAUUCCUGUAUUGCAGUCAUGGCACCAAAAAAGAAGAAUGUCAAGAAAAACAAAACAGACAUCAAUGAGAUGACCAUCAUUGUAGAAGACAGUCCUCUAAGUAAACUCAAUGGGAUUAGUGGUUUAAUUGAAGGAGGAAAUGGCUUCAAUUACAUCUCCACAGAGGUUUCUGACUCAUCAUAUGGAUCCAAUCUUAUGGAAGGGUUAAGCAGAAUGAGGCAAGACAGUUUUCUGUGUGACCUCACCAUUGGUACCAAAACAAAGUCAUUCAUGGUUCACAAGGUAGUGAUGGCAUCCUGCAGUGAAUACUUCCACAACAUUCUGAAGAAGGAUGCUUCCACUCAGCGAGUUGAUCUAAAUGAUAUAUCUCCUUUAGGUCUAGCUACAGUAAUAACCUAUGCCUACACUGGUAAAAUUACUUUGUCUUUGUACACGAUCGGUAGUACCAUAUCUUCAGCCAUCUACCUUCAGAUAAACACCCUUGUAAACAUGUGCUGUGACUUCUUAUUGCAAGAAAUCAAUGUUGAAAACUGUAUGUAUGUUGCUAAUAUUGCAGAAACCUACGGACUUAAAAGUACAAAAGACGCCGCACAAAAAUUCAUCAGAGCCAACUUCAUUGAGUUCUCUGAAACCGAUCAGUUCCUAAAGCUAACAUUUGAUCAAAUAAAUGAACUUCUUAUAGAUGAUGAGUUGCAGUUACCAUCUGAAAUAGUUGCUUUCCAGAUUGCAAUGAAAUGGUUAGAUUAUGAUGAAAAGAGAAUAAAGUAUGCCUCCGGUCUUUUAGGCAAUAUUAGAUUUGGCACUAUCUCAGCUCAAGACUUGGUUAACUAUGUCCAAUCAGUGCCGAGGAUGAUGCAAGAUACAGAUUGCCAUAGACUUCUAGUUGAAGCUAUGAAUUAUCAUCUGCUUCCAUAUCACCAAAAUACCUUACAAUCAAGAAGAACAAAAAUACGUGGUGGAACAAGGGUUCUUGUAACUGUAGGAGGCCGACCAGCAUUGACAGAAAAGUCUCUUAGCAGAGAGAUUUUGUACAGGGAUCCGGAAACUGGAUGGAAAAGGCUCUCUGAAUUGCCAGCUAAGAGUUUUAAUCAGUGUGUCGCGGUGAUGGAUGGCUUUCUGUACAUUGCUGGUGGUGAAGACCAGAAUGAUGCCAGGAACCAAGCAAAGCAUGCAGUCAGCAAUUUCUGCAGGUAUGAUCCGCGUUUCAACACAUGGAUUCACCUAGCAAACAUGACCCAGAAGCGUACCCACUUUAGCUUGAAUGUUUUCAAUGGUCUCCUUUAUGCAAUUGGUGGUCGCAAUUCUGAAGGUUGCCUAUCUUCCCUUGAGUGUUAUGUUCCUUCAACUAACCAGUGGCAACUGAAAGCGCCACUGGAGGUUGCAAGGUGCUGCCAUUCCAGCUCAGUCAUUGAGGGUAAAAUCUUGGUCAUAGGAGGAUACAUAAAUAAUGCAUACUCUCGCUCUGUUUGUAUGUAUGACCCAUCUGAAGAUAGAUGGCAAGAUAAAGCAAGUCUGAGUACACCAAGAGGCUGGCAUUGCUCCGCUACACUUGGUGACAGAGUGUAUGUGAUGGGUGGCAGUCAACUUGGUGGUCGUGGUGAAAGAAUUGAUGUCCUCCCAGUUGAAUGCUUUAAUCCUCACACUGGUCAGUGGAGCUUUGCGGCUCCUCUGCAUAAUGGAGUGAGCACUGCUGGCGCUUCUACUCUAAAUGGCAAAAUCUACUUGGUGGGCGGCUGGAAUGAAGUGGAAAAGAAAUACAAGAAAUGCAUUCAGGCCUACAACCCUGAUCUUAAUGAAUGGACUGAGGAAGAUGAAUUACCAGAGGCGACAGUAGGAGUAUCGUGCUGUACGAUCACCAUGCCAAAUUUUAAAACACGGGAAUCCAGAGCAAGCUCAGUAUCUUCAGUGCCAGUUAGUAUUUAAAUAAGAAAAUAAAAGAAUCCAGUACUUCUACUAUAGCACAUUGCUUCUCAGGCACCAGGUCAAUAUAACAAAAUAAAAAAAAGAAUGUUGUAACUAUAUUAUUUUGCAAGUUGUUUUAGCUGGCCUGUCUGUAUUCCUUGAAGCAUGUCAUAGAGAACUUAAAGGGAACCUGUCAUUCAUUUAAUUCUGCUAGAUUCUUCAGUGCAGUCCCCAGUUGCUUCUACCUCUUGCAUCAGCAUUGAUAGAUCUCUCUGUUUACUUAAACUGGAAGAAAUUUAUUAAUCAAGGUGAUGUGGUGGGGAGAAGCCACGAGGGAUCACCUAAAAUGACUUAUAGUUCAGGCAGCAUGAAAGUAAUGAUCGGUUCCCUUUAAUGUAGAUGAAGCAUUGUUUAUAUGUAACAGUGAGAAGAAGUAUUAAAGGAGAAGUCUCAUCCCGAAAAACGUAUCCUCUAUCUGCAGGAUAGGGGAUAAGUUUUAGAUUGCGGAGGUCCAACCCCUGUUAUCUCCUGUAUGAGGCCCCGGCUCUUCCCGGGAGUGGCAUGUCACAACCCCCAUCCGAAGCGGGGACUGCCACGGCCCCCUCCAUAUAUCUCUAUGGGAGAGCUGCUUGGCUAUAUUCGGCUCCCCCAUUAAAUUAUAUGGAGGGAGCGUGGCGCUACGCUGCAUUUCUGGGGAGAGCCGUGGCCCCAUACAGGAGAUCACAGGAGUCCCAGCGGUCAGAACCCCCUCCCUCCCACUAUCUAAAACUUAUCCCUUAUCCUGAGGAUAGGGGAUAAGUUUUUCAGUAUGACAUAUCUCCUUUAAAUGAUCCAUCAGAAAAUGUAUCUGUAACAGCCUUCAUAUUGCUUUGGAAAUUGUAGGCAAUUUUAAUACAUUACAAUAAUUUGGCCAUAAGGCAUUGUAGCUUGUUUUAAUUUACGAUGAAGAUCAAACAAAGAAAUAUGUUAGAACUAUCCCUUAAAGGGUUUAUCCAGGAAAAAACUUUUUUCUAUAUAUCAACUGGCUCCAGAAAGUUAAACAGAUUUGUAAAUUAUUUCUAUUAAAACAUCUUAAUCCUUUCAGUUCUUUUCUGUCUAAGUGCUCUCUGAUGACACCUGUAUCGGGGACUGUCCAGAGUAGAAGCAAAUCCCAAUAGAAAACCUCUUCUACUGUGUGCAGUUCCCGAGACAAGCAGAGAUGUCAGCAGAGAGAACUGUUGCCAGACAGAAAAGAACAACUCAACUUCAACAGCUGAUAAUUAUUGGAAGGAUUAAGAUUUUUGAAUAGAAGUCAUUUACAAAUCUGUUUGUUUCCUGGAAUACCCCUUUAAAAGGGGUUUCUAGGUGUCUUCUUUGCUUUUUCUCCAAUGGGAUGAUCACAAUGAUAAUGACAGCUGCCAAUUGAAGCAACAGUUCAUUAGAUGUUGUAGGCUAUUUGAUGCAUGAAAAGUUAUAGUUUUGCCUGUAUUGGUAGUGUAUGCUGUGAAUGUUUUCUAGAUGAUUUAACUUGUUAAUUUUAAUCUUAAUU